UCAAGGCAGUGCGCGCUGCGCCCUGGUCACAUGGUAGUUUUUAUGACGCAAUUUUCCCGCCACUGCGUAUUGUGCCCCGCGUGAACUCUGGAACGUGCUUGUUAUAGUACAUGUCAAAGAAGUAUUAGUUUUACAUUUUGUGUGUUUCAAAAUCCUGCAGCGAUGCCUACGGUUCAUGACUGGAUCAAUAACCCACUGGCUGUUGUUGAUGGGCUGUUUGCCCAGAGUAACUCCAGUCCAGACUGGGAGAAGAAAGUUGUGGAGUAUUUCAAAGAGAAACUGAAACUAAACGACGCUCAUACAUGGGUUCCAUCUCUGAAUGAUGUUCCCCUGUACUACCUGAAGCCUAAUAGCCUCGUGAAAUUUCGUUGCAUGGUCCAGGAUAUGUUUGAUCCAGAAUUUUUCAUGGGUGUUUAUGAGACGAAUGAUCUCACAUCUAACUCUAAACAGGUGAAAUGUGGAAAAUACAAAGAUAUCACAGUGGGUGGGCAGGUGGACUUCAACUCAAGAAACACAGUUACUUCAGAGAGACAGACAUUUUAUUGUGUCCCCAUCCCAGGAGAAUCUCAAUGGGCCAAAGAAAGCUACGCAGGUACCAGUCAGGCACGAGUGGUGCCUUCCACUUCCUAUGUUCCAAACAGGCAUAAGCGCAGCUAUGAAGAGGACUAUGAGAUGGACACGCAGCCCCAAGAGAUGAAAUAUGUUAGUCAAGGAACUCAGAGCUCUGCAGAGUCUCAUGGCAACACUGAGCCGAAGCGUCAGGAGACAGAAGCUCCCAGCCACGACUCGUCUUCGGUGCACUGCACAUCCAGUCUGGACCUCAACUUCCCUUUGCCUGGAGAAAAGGGCCCAGCCUGUCUUGUUAAGGUGUAUGAGGACUGGGACAGUUUCAAACUGAAUGACAUGUUGGAAGUAUUUGGCAUCCUUUCUGUGGACCCUGCCUUGAGCGUGAUUGCAGAUGAGAGAGAGGCGUCUUCGCUGCUGGACCACACAGAAGUUACGGAGACUGUGGAGGAGCAAAGAGUUCACAGCCCGCCAGCAUCCCUUGUACCGCGACUGCAUAUGCUGUAUGCCCAGCCUCUUGUGCACAACAACCCAUUACUGCCCUCUAGUGCACCAGAGAGUAACGGUGACCAUUUGUGCAGUGUUCUUGGGGAACUGGCUUCAGUCCGAGCAGAGCUGCACACCUACCUCACACAUGUCCUGAUGGGGGAUUCACUCGCUGCAGAGUACCUCAUUCUCCAUCUCAUCUCCAAUGUAUACAGCAGACGGGAUGUUCUUCCUUUGGGCAAAUUCACCUUGAAUCUCAGUGGCUGUCCUCACAGCUCUCCAUACACUGAGCAUCUCUACAAAGUCAUCCAACAGCUUGUGCCAUCUUCAUACUGGCUAUGCAUGUGCCUGCAUAACAUGAACAACCAGAGGAUGGUGCCCUGGAAAGAUUACACAGCUAACCGCCUGGUGAGUGGGACACUUCAGCUGGCCAACAACACAUCAUUGUUUCUGGAUGAGACACAGCUGGAGCAGGGCCAGUUGGACGCCACAGGUGUGCGAAACAUCACCGCGCUGGGGAACCUGAUCUCCUGGCAGAAGGUUGAUUAUGACUUCAACUACCACCAGAUGGAAUUCCCUUGCAAUAUUAACGUGCUUAUCGCAUCUGAGGGACGAUCGCUCCUCCCGUCUGACAGUCAGGUUCACCUGCGGCCCACCCUGAACCCACCUAACCUGGAGGAGUACCUGAGCGCCGUGCAGGUGGCGCAGGUUCCAUCUCAGUUCAACAAGUAUCGCAUCUAUCUGAGUGUGGCACGUGCACUGAACUACACUAUUUCGGAUGAGAUCACAACGGCAGUAGAAGACGACUUUGUAGAGAUGCGAAAAGAUGACCCUCAGAGUAUGUCUGCGGAAGACCUCCAUAGGCUGCUGGUUGUUGCGAGGUUGCUCUCAUUAAGUCACGGGCAGAACACACUCUCCAGAGAUGGCUGGAUGAAAGCCAAGCAGCUAGAGGCCUUGAGAAUAAGUCGAACACAGCAGCAGAAAAGUGUGAGCGGAAACGAGCCUUAAAAUAUAAUUACUGUUUACAUAUACUUCAACAGUUACCAUACUUGUUUAUAUUUUGGAUUAAAAUGUAAUGUUUUCAUAUGGCAUAUGACCUUGUACAGUUCAGUUUUUUUUACUUCAUUUUAAACAUGUGGGAAAACUUACUGGCACUGGUGAAGAUUAUUUUCAAUGUUUGAAUUGUUAAAUUUUGGUUUUGAUACUUGCAUUGUGUAUUAACAUUUAUAUGCAGAUGCAAAUAUGUUUCAAAAUAUAACUGCCUUACCGCAAAUACUUACACUUAUGGCACAAGGGUAUUAGAAAAAAUAAAGUUUUGAGAACUUUGUAUAUAUAGUCGUUUUAAGUGUUGGAUAGCACUUCACAGUAAGGUUUCAUUUGUUAAUUACUUCAGUUAACAUGAACGAACAAUGAAAAGUACUUCUAAAGCAGUUGAUUUUAGUUAGUUAUUUUAAUGUAUUAAAUGUUAAAAUUAUGUUAAUG